AUGUGUCUGUGCACAUGGAAGGGCAAUUUUGGGGGCUGGCUCGGAGCCCUGGCUCUGCUGAGCGCCCUGGCGCUGUGCCGCUGCCUGCGGCGCCCCGGCGCCCACCCGCACCAUCCCCACGUGCACUGCUACAGCGCGGGCGAGCUGCAGGACGGCGAGGCCCCCGCGCACUUCGUCAGCCGCAGCCUGCGCUGGGACCACUACGUGCCGGUGCAGCUGGUGCCGCAGCUGGAGCGCCUGCAGGAUGAAGCCCGACGCCGACGACGCCGACGGCACCACCGCGAGCGCGCCUGCCCCGCGCUGCAGCUCCGCGCGGGCCUCCGCAGCGAGCCCAACGAGCGCUCCAUCUCCCCGUGGCGCUACCGCAUCGACGAGGAUGAGAACCGCUACCCCCGCAAGCUGGCCUUCGCCGAGUGCCUCUGCGACGGCUGCGUGGACGUGAAGACGGGCCGGGAGACCACGUCGCUCAACUCGGUGGCCAUCCACCAGACCAUGAUGGUGCUGCGGCGCAAGCCCUGCCCGCGCCCCUCCGGCCCCGGCCUCGUCACCUUCGAGGUGGACUACAUCAAGGUGCCCGUGGGCUGCACGUGCGUCCUGCCCCGCACCGGGCGCUGA